ACACUAAAGCAAUAGAAUAUGAUCUAGUUGAGUUGGACAAGAUGUUCAGUCCCUACUCAUCCCUCACGUGCAUAAACCCUCUUACCAUCAGGGACGGGAGCCUGGGAGGAUCGUUCCCUCCUCCCCUUGCGCUCCCUGUCGACUACAAACCAUUUCUUCGCUUGUUUAGAUCUUACUUAUAAUCACCAUUUACUCAACCCCCUCUUUUCUUGUUUUGUAAGUCUGACCAAUCAUCUACUCAUCCUGUUUUCAAAUUCGAAUCCACCUCUCUUUGGCAACUGAGCAAUGAUCACCGGAAAAGAUAUCUAUGAUGUGCUUGCGGCCAUUGUGCCUCUAUAUGUGGCCAUGUUCCUGGCCUAUGGCUCGGUCCGUUGGUGGAAAAUCUUCACUCCUGACCAGUGCUCUGGCAUCAAUCGUUUCGUAGCUGUUUUUGCAGUUCCAUUGCUUUCUUUUCAUUUCAUUUCUUCCAAUGACCCUUAUGCCAUGAACUAUCAUUUCAUCGCUGCUGAUUGUUUACAAAAAGUUGUCAUUCUUGCAGCUCUCUUCGUGUGGCAAUUUUUCAGUAAAAAUGGCAGCUUAGAAUGGAUGAUCACUCUCUUUUCUCUAUCCACUCUCCCCAACACUCUUGUCAUGGGAAUCCCUCUUCUAAAAGCCAUGUACGGAGACUUCUCGGGAAAUCUAAUGGUCCAAAUUGUGGUUCUACAAAGUGUUAUUUGGUAUACUCUGAUGCUCUUCAUGUUUGAGUACAGAGGCGCAAGACUCCUUAUUUCUGAGCAGUUUCCUGAAACAGCCGGCUCAAUCACUUCUUUUCAUGUCGAAUCAGACGUGGUUUCGUUAAAUGGACGCGAGCCUCUGGAAACCAAUGCGGAGAUUGGAGAUGAUGGGAAGCUGCAUGUGGUGGUCAGAAGGUCUAACUGUUCUUCAAGAUCCGUGAUUUCUUACAAUAAAUCACACGCAAUGAAUGAAAUGACUCCGCGAGCUUCGAAUCUAACUGGCGUGGAGAUUUACUCUGUUCAGUCGUCUCGUGAGCUGACUCCGAGAGCCUCGAGCUUCAACCAAAAUGAUUUUUAUGCCAUGUUUGCAAGUAAGGCUGCGAGUCCUAAACACGGUUAUACAAAUAGUUAUGGAGGAGGUGAUGUUUAUGCUAUGCAAUCCUCAAAAGGUCCAACUCCAAGACUAUCGAAUUUCGAAGAGGAUAUGUUAAAGAUGGGGAAUAGUAUUAGUAACAAUAAGAACAAGAGACCGGGAGGCAGGAGUAUGAGCGGUGAAUUGUUCAAUCAUGGGAGUUUAGGAUCUUCGUAUCCACCUCCAAAUCCGAUGUUUUCGGGUUCCACACAAGCCAAGAGGAAGGACAGCAGUGGAGGGACUAGUAAUACACCUAAUAAGGAGCUUCAUAUGUUUGUUUGGAGCUCGAGUGCAUCUCCUUCUUCUGAAGGGAAUCUAAGAAACGCGGUUAAUAGAGCUGCUGCUACUGAUUUCGGAGUGGUUGAUUCUUCUAAGGCUGUUCUUCAAAAAGAAAUAGACGCUUCAAGAGCCAAUGCGUUGCAUGAUCCGAUGGAACACGCAAGUUCUUCGGGGAAAAAUGGAGAACAGAGGGAGGUUCAGAUGGAGGACGGAACAGCAUUGAAAUUCGGGACUAAGAGCAGUUCACCAUACGAUACGAGCCAGAAGAAGGCAGGGAUUGAAGGACAGAGGAGCCACCAGAUGCCACCUGCAAGCGUAAUGACGAGACUGAUUCUCAUCAUGGUCUGGAGAAAACUCAUCAGAAAUCCAAACACGUAUUCCAGCCUCUUAGGCCUCAUCUGGUCUCUCGUUUCUUUCAGGUGGAAUAUCAAAAUGCCGACCAUCAUGAGCGGAUCGAUAGCUAUAUUAUCCGAUGCAGGUCUGGGAAUGGCUAUGUUCAGUCUAGGUUUAUUCAUGGCGUUGCAACCGAAGAUAAUAGCCUGCGGAAAAUCAGUUGCGACGUUUUCGAUGGCAGUGAGGUUCUUAACUGGUCCGGCUGUGAUUGCCGCAACUUCCAUUGCUAUAGGCCUCAGGGGUGUUCUUUUACACGUUGCAAUUGUCCAGGCUGCUCUGCCCCAAGGAAUCGUGCCGUUCGUGUUUGCGAAAGAGUACAAUGUCCAUGCUGACAUACUUAGCACCGCAGUUAUAUUCGGAAUGCUGAUUGCACUGCCCAUAACGAUAUUAUACUACAUACUUCUGGGAGUAUAACCGCAGAGAAGUCAAGGGAGAUGGAUGGAAUAUACGACGAAAGAGUCGAGGUAGACUCAUGGAUAGGAAAAGGAUCGAAUGCAAUCAGAUUGAAUAUAGGACAAUUACAUAGAUGCAACUAGGACUUAAAAAACGACUUAAGAAACUACAACAUGUAAACUAGUCAGCUAGAGUACUCAACGCGUGUGAUUGUGGAGGAAUAUGCUACAAAUACGGUCUGUUAUUUGCAUUAUUUUAGUUGUCUACUGUCUGUAUGUCGAUGAUCCCUUUUGAAUUCUUUAAUUUUGAAACUUGCGAAUUCUUAGCGUUUUGUGUUGCUUUGAGUUGAAAUGAAAUAGCUCGAGUGACAGAUCCAGAUCUUGGAACUCAGGCUAUGCGGCAAAUGAAUGCAAUGAAAAAAAGUUUGGGUC